ACUGACACCGUCCCUCCUCCCAUCCGUCGGCGGUCACAAAGCGGCUGCAACUGAUGGUGCUGGCCGCUCUCUGGAGAACAAACAAAAAAAGAAAAACUUGGGCAAAGCCUUUUUUCUUCCCCCUCUUUUGCCUCCCAGCUCGUCUUGUGUGUGUGUUUUUUGUUGUUGUUUUGUUUUAAAAAUUUCUCUCCAGUGAAUGCAAAGGAGUACUCGGGUUCUUUUAACGUCCAUUUUGUGUGGCGCUCGGCAGGACGCAGGUGCGUAAAAACUGGGACAAUUGGGGUGUGUGUACUUUGACGGCGUAUGGCUGCGCCUCUCUAGACGAGUUCCCCCUGGCGGAAUGUAACGUGCUCGUCUGAGUGCUUUUGUUGAAGACCCCCCCCCCCCUCCCGCGCCCCCACAUCCCCUCCGGAGAUGAUGAGAGAGGAUGCACUUUGAGUCAUUCCGCAAUUUGAAAGGAUGACUUGAUGAUGUAACAGCCAUGAAGCCUAAUCUGUGGGGAAUUAUGAUGCGGUUCCCGUUUCUUAUCCGGCGUAUUUGCUUUCUGCUCACCUUACCCUUCCCGACACUACACGGCCAGUUGCUGCCAGAGGUUAGGGCAAGCCAAGGCCUGUUGCUCUUCACUCAGCCCACCUACAACGCCUCCAUAUUUGAGAAUUCGGCCGCCAGGACCUACGCCGAAAGCCAGGUCAAAAUGGGCAUCGUCCUGGUCCGAUCAUUUGACGUCAAGUUCUCCAUUGAGCCUGGCGACGGGGAGGGAAUCUUUCAGGUGGAGGACUUCACGAUGGGGGAUUUCUGCUUCCUCCGCAUACGAACCAACACCGGCGCAAUGCUGAACCGGGAAGUGCAAGAUAAUUACACUCUGACCGUCAAAGCCUCGGCCCAAGGAGGUCUGGAGGCACUGGCCACCGUCUACAUAAACAUCCUGGACACUAACGACCUCCGUCCUCUCUUUUCCCCGACCUCGUACUCCUUUGUGGUGUCAGAACAUGUCCCCUUGGGUACCAGCAUUGGCCGGGUGACAGCCACCGACGCUGACAUCGGCACCAACGCUGAGUUCUACUACUUCUUCAAGAACAAAGUGGAUCUCUUUGCCGUGCACCCCACCAGCGGCGUGGUCUCGCUGACCGGCCAGCCCAGGAUAGACAAGCAGGACCGCUUUGAGCUGGAGGUGCAGGUCGUGGACCGAGGGAUGAAACUCUACGGCAACAAUGACAUAAGCAGCACGGCCCGGCUGGUGGUGAGCAUAAUGCAGAUAAAUGAGUUUGCACCAGUCCUGAGGGCGGUCACUGCGGUCCCAUCGUGGACCGACCAAAAUCCGGUCUUUGCCAAAGUGACAGUGGAGGAUAAAGAUGAAGGGAUGAGCGGGCACAUAGAGCGGGUGUCCAUCAUUGACGGUGACCUACUUGAACAGUUUGCGAUUGAUCUAUCGCCUCUUGUUCCGAAUGAGUAUUGGGUCAGAGCAUCACAGCAGAUUGACUGGGACAAAUACCCAUACGGCUGCAACUUAACCCUGCAGGCUAAAGACAGAGGCAUCCCUCCUAAAUUCUCUAACACUCAUUUGCUUCACUUGUUGGUCACAAAGCCCAAACCAAUACUGGGGAGUUUUGAGAAAGACGUUUAUGAAGUGGUGCUGAGUGAAAUUGCUCCCCCGGGCACUGUUGUCGAGGUGCUGAAAAUCUCCCCAGCUCCCGCGAGUGUCAAUUACAGCUUCUGCAGCCUCUCAGAACUAAUGUACUUUGAUAUCAAUCCGUCGACUGGCGUUAUUAUGACCUCAAGGAGGCUGACAGGGAUAUCACAGAUUUUCAUCGAGAUGGAAGUGUUAGAGGCUGUCAGCCAGCUGAGAGCAAAGGUCCGAAUCACUGUGGAAGAUGCUAAUGACAACUCUCCAGUGUUCAGCAGGCCGUUUUAUGACUUUUCCAUCAAUGAAAGCCUGCCUGUUGGCAGCGUUGUUCUCAUCGUGUCAGCCACAGAUGAAGACAAAGGAGAGAACGGCUACAUCACACACACAAUUCAUGGCGAUCCGUCAAUUCCUUUCACUGUGGCCCAAGACACGGGAGAGCUGAAGAUCACGCGAGACUUGGACUUUGAGUCGUCAGAAGAAGUCUACACAUUUGCAGUUCGAGCCUCAGACUGGGGUUUGCCCUACAGAAGAGAAAGUGAGGUGAAUGUAACAAUCCGUUUAAUAAAUAUAAACGACAAUCCACCUGUCUUCGAGAGGGUCUCGUGCAGAGGUAUGAUUGGCCGGGAUUUCCCCAUCAGCCACACCAUCGUCACCCUGUCCGCCGUUGACAUGGAUGAACUUGGAAUGGUCAAGUAUGGGGUGGUCUCUGGCAACGAGAUGAACUACUUUAACUUGAAUGCAGAGUCUGGCGCCUUGUCGCUGAAGAAAUCAUUAGUGGGGGCAAAUUUAAAGAAUGGGAUGUUCAACUUGAAAGUUAUCGCCACUGAUGGAGAGAUUUCCUCUGAGCCUACGUUUGUGAAUAUAUCCGUCGUAAGGGGUUCGAUACCACCCCGGGGGCUCAGCUGCAAGGACACACAGGUGGCCCAGUUGAUGGCAGAGAAAAUGCUCUCAAAGGCCACGGCGAUGGCUCGAGUGAGGCAAGAUGACAGAAGCCCAGAUGUCUUCUCUGUGAACAAACAAGCGCCGCAGUUCGAGGCCUUGCCUACGAGUAUCCUGGUCAGGGAGGACCUCCCAAUCGGAGCCAGUGUCUUCCAGGUGAGGGCGCGGGACGGUGACACCGGCAUCAAUGGCCGUCUUCUCUUUUCCAUAUCUGACGUCAGCAAAGAGAACUGUUUGACCGUGGGCAUGGAGAGCGGCUUGCUGACUAUUCUGCGGCCACUGGACCGUGAGCAAACUGACCGCUACUUCCUCAACAUCACUGUCUAUGACCAGGGUAUCCCCCAGAUGUCCAACUGGAGGCUUCUGACCGUUAUCGUGGAGGAUGCCAAUGACAACGACCCGCAGUUUGCCCAGGAUUCAUUCACUGCGCUAGUCACCGAAAACACCCCCUUGGGUACUCAGGUGGUCACCAUCGCUGCCUUUGACCAAGACGCUGGUCAGAAUGGGCAGCUGUCCUACCUUUUGCUGAACGGUGUCCCUCAGUUUGGCAUUGACAGCGAGACCGGCAGUGUCUUCGUGGCUAACCACCUGGACCGUGAGAGCUUCCCGACAUUCACGCUGACGAUUGAAGCCAGAGACAAGGCGGAAAGAGGCAACCGAAGAUCAGCUGUGACCACGUUGAACAUAAUCAUAGAGGACGUCAAUGACUGCGCCCCGUCGUUCAUCCCAAGCAUUUACACCACUCGAGUGCUAGAGGAUCUCCCUCCGGGUGCUGUCAUUACUUGGGUGCAGGCCAAUGAUCCGGAUAUCGGAAAAAGUGGACAAGUUCGGUACUCCCUCUUCAGUGACUUGAACGGUACUUUUGAGAUGGACGCCGUGAGUGGCGUGUUGAGGAUAAGAAAGGAACUGGACUUUGAAAAGCAGCCGUUUUAUAACCUGACCUUGCUCGCCGAGGACCGGGGGAUGCCCACCCUCAGCAACCUGACGUAUGUGGAGGUGGAGGUGGUGGACGUCAACGAGAAUUUGUAUCCACCAUACUUUCCCGACUUUGUCAUGAGAGGCUCGGUGAAGGAGAACUCCCGGGCCGGCACCAGCGUGCUGACAGUGGUCGCCAAGGACGACGACGAGGGGAAGGACGGCACCUUGAAGUACUCCAUCCGAGGCGGCAGCGGGCUGGGCGCCUUCAUCAUCGACGAAGACACAGGGGUGAUUUACACGGCAGGCAUCCUGGACUGCGAGAGCAAGGAUUCCUAUUGGCUGACGGUGCACGCCACAGACAGAGGGGUCACGCCGCUGUCGGCCUCCGUCGAGGUCUUCAUCCAGGUGGAGGACGUGAACGACAACGCGCCGCUCACCUCGGAUCCCAUCUACCACCCGUCGGUGAUGGAGAACUCGCCCAAGGACGUGUCGGUCAUCCGCAUCCAGGCGCAGGACCCCGACCUCACCGCCACGCCCAGCCGCCUCAGUUACCGCAUCACCGCCGGAAACCCGCAGAACUUCUUCUACAUCAACCCAAAGACAGGCUUGAUCACCACGACGGCGAGGAAACUGGACCGAGAGCAGCAGUCGGAACACUUUCUGGAGGUGACGGUCAUCGACGGGCCGGUGACCACCCGCCAGUCCACCGUGUGGGUCAUGGUCCACGUAGAGGACCAGAACGACAACCCGCCCGUCUUCCCGGAGGUCACCUACCGCAUCCGGCUGCCCGAGCGCGACCGCAACCGCCGCGGUGGGCCCGUCUACCGCGUCUUUGCACACGACCGCGACCUGGGCGCCAACGCCAACGUCAGCUACAGCAUCGUGGACGGCAACCGGGACGAGACGUUCGGCGUGGACCCGCGGACCGCCAUGGUUGUGUCCAAGAAGGCGGUGGCGGCCGGCAGCUACCACGUUCUCACAAUCAAGGCAGAGGACGCCGGCGAUCCCCCGCUGUGGUCCACGGUCAAGCUUCACGUGGAGUGGAUCAGGAGGCCCGCGCCCUCGCCGCUGCCCCUGCUGUUCACCCAGCGCUGCUACAAUUUCUCCGUGCCCGAGACGGCCGCCGUGGCUCAACCCGUCGGGGUGGUCGCCGUGGGCCAGUCCAACACUCCCGUUUGGUUCAACAUCGUUGGAGGACGCGUGGCCAGAGAAAUGUUCUACAUUCCGCAGAACGCGUGUGGGAGGAACUGCUCUCUCGACACAGGUAGCUUUGAUAUGCAGUUUGACCUCCAAGUGGGGGUGGGCACCGUGGUGGUGGCCAGGCCGCUGGACGCCGAGUUGCAGGCCGUUUAUAAUAUGACGGUGCAGGUGACUGAUGGCACCAGUAUCGCUACUACACAGGUGUUCAUCCGGGUUCAGGACAGCAACGACAACCCUCCGGUGUUCUCGCAGCCGGCCUACGACGUCAGUGUGUCUGAGGACGUAGCGGUAGACACGGAGCUGCUGCGCUUGCGUGCAUCGGACAUGGACGAGCGCAGCCGCCUCAGCUUCUCCAUCUACGGCAGCGUGGACCCGGCCAGCAUGCGGUUGUUCCGGGUCAACCCGGGCACCGGGGCCGUGUACAUUGCCGACCUGUUGGACUACGAGGCCCGGACGCAGCACAUCCUCACCGUUAUGGUCAAGGACCAGGAGUUUCCAUUCAACAGGGACCUGGCUCGGAUCCUGGUGGCGGUGGAGGACGCCAACGACAACAUCCCCUUUUUCACCAGCACCUUGUACGACGCCGUCACGUACGAGUCUUCCCCUGUUGGGACCUCGGUCCUGCAAGUCACAGCGCUGGACAAGGACAGCGGGAUUAACGGACAGCUCACCUACACCAUACAAGCAGGCAACACGGGCGGCAUGUUUGGCAUCAACAACAACACGGGCCUCAUCUUCAUUGCCAAGGACUUGGAUAUCACUUCUGUGGGCUUUUACACACUCACCGUGCAAGUCACAGAUGGCGGUUUUCCGCCGCUCAUGGCCACUGCUUCCGCCCGUGUAUCUUUGACGCUGUCCAACUUAUCCAGGCCUAAAUUCUCCCAGAAGGAGUACCAGGCAGAGAUCAUGGAGAACAGUACAGCCGGAGCUCACGUGACCACAGUGAGCGCCCUGAGUCGCUCGGCACUCAUUUAUGACAUCACCGGGGGCAACGAUGAAAAGUGCUUCUUCAUCAAUUGCCACACGGGCGUCAUCAGCACGCGCAAACGCUUCGACUUUGAGAAAACGUCAUCCUACUUCCUGAUGGUCCGCGCCUCCAGCAUGGCAGGUGCGGAGGCCAGCGUCACGGUCGUGGUUCAGGUGGGCGACGUCAACGACAACGCGCCUGUCUUCCAGCAAUUAAGGUACUCGGGAGCCAUCAGCGAGGCGGCCCCAAUCAACAGCGUGGUCCUCGGGGACGACGGCGACCCCCUGGUCAUCCGGGCGACGGAUGCCGACCGCAAUCACAACGCCCUGCUGGUGUUCCACAUUGUAGACGAGACUGCUCGUAUGUUCUUCAGUGUGGACCCUGGGACCGGAUCCAUCCGGACAAUCGCCAAUGUGGAUUAUGAGACCUUCCCGGAGUUUGUCUUCAGGGUUCACGUGCGAGACAGUGGACAGCCGCCUAAAAGUGCAGACAGUCCUGCUGAAGUGUUUAUCAAGGUGCGUGGUCGCUUGUUUGUCUUCACCUCACAACGCAAUCUCCUGACCCUGCUGUGUGAAUCUCAGGUGAUCAAUAUCAACGACUCGCCCCCGAGAUUCUCCCAGGACAUGUACGAGAGCGUCCUGCUGCUCCCCACUUACGCCGGAGUGGAGGUGCUCCGCGUGGACGCCUUCGAUCUCGACAUGAACCCGGACCCCGAAUACGAGAUUCCCCGACUGGUCUAUUCGCCGGUGGACCGCAACCUGGAGCACUUCUCUGUGGAUCGCAGCACCGGUGUGGUGACGGUCAUCAAUCAGAACUUCAGCAGGGACCGGUAUCGAUUCAACGUGAAGGUUUGGGACGGCCGUUUCUCCAGCGUGGCUUCGGUCACCGUGCUCGUCCGCCAAGCCGUCAGCAGUGACCUUUCUUUCGCGGCCCCAUUUUACUUGGCCACCGUCCGGGAGAACACCCGCAACGAGAGCGUCCUAGCCGUGGUCCACGCUACCGGCCAGCGCCUGAACGAGCCGCUGACGUUCACGCUGCUCAACCCCGGCGGGCUCUUCGCGGUGAGGCCCACCUGCGGGGCGUUGCUCACCGUGGGUGCCCCGUUUGACCGCGAGGAACGGGACCGCUACGAGCUUGUGGUGGAGGUCCGCAGGGAGGAGGAAGUACUGAAGGUGGCCAGAGUCACUGUCAGAGUGCAGGUGGAGGACGACAACGACAACGCCCCCGAGUUUGUAAACCUCCCGUACUACGCCACAGUGCAAGUGGAAGCCCAACCCGGCUCAUCCAUUUUCACGGUGACGGCCACUGACCGGGAUCUGGGCGUGAACGCCCGGGUGACGUACCGUCUCAAGGAACCGCACAGGAACUUUCAGGUGAACCCUGUGACGGGCGAGCUGACGCUGAAGCGAUCCUUUGAGGCUGACUUGUCCAGCGCCGAGUUCAAGGUGGUGGUCGUGGCUUCCGACGGCGGCGCCCGCUGUCUGUCCAGCGAGGUGGAGCUUCCAGUCAGCGUGCUGAACAAAGCGAUGCCGCUGUUCGACAAGCCCUUCUACGGUGUGACCGUGCCCGAAGACGUGCCCGUGUCCACCUCGCUGUUGAGUGUGAACGCCAGCAGCCCGACGGGCCAGCCCAUCAUUUUCACGCUGGCCGGCGGCGACCCGUCGUUGCAGUUCGACAUCGGCUACGACACGGGUACGAUCAGCGUGCUCUACCCGCUGGACUACGAGACGGCACCGUACUACCGCCUCGCUGCCAGGGCCACCGACACGCUGACGGGCGCCAGGUCUGAGGUGGACGUGGACGUCGUGGUUCUCGACGUCAACGACAACGCGCCUACCUUCCAGAAACCGGCGUACUCCGCUGUGGUUCCCGAGAACGCCAUGAUCGGAACCAGCGUCCUACAGGUGUUUGCUCAGGAUCAAGACGCGGACAAGAACUCCAGGGUGAGAUACGAGAUCGUGUCCGACACGUACAACAGCAGCGAUUAUUUCCACGUGGAGCGCGACAGCGGUCUGCUGUUGACGGCGCGGCUGCUGGACUACGAGCUGGUCCAGCGCUUCAACUUCGUCGUGCGGGCGACGGACGGCGGCGAGCCGCCGCUCAGCAGCGACGUCAGCGUCGCGGUGGGCGUCGCCGACACCAACGACAACCCGCCCGACUUCAGCCAGACGCUGUACGAGGCCUUCGUCAGCGAGAUGGCCCCCCGAGGGCACUUUGUCACCUGCGUCCAGGCCUCGGACUCCGACGUGGGCGAUGCCCAGAGGCUCAGGUACAGCAUCCUGUCCGGUAACGAGCGCAUGACCUUCUCCAUGGAGGCGGAGAGCGGCGUUCUGCGUCUGUCUAACAGGAGGCGACAGGGCAUUAAGCAGUCGCAUCAGCUCAACGUGUCCGUGUCUGACGGCGUCUUCACCAACACGGCUCAGGUGGUGGUGAACAUACUGGGAGCCAACCUGUACAGUCCGGUGUUCAGUCAGAGGUUCUACUUGGCAGAAGUCCCAGAGAAUGCACCGCUCGGUUCAAAGGUCAUUCAGGUCCGCGCCUCCGACGAGGACUCGGGCCUGUUCGGCCAGAUCACGUACUCCUUCAUCAACGACUUUGGGAAGAGUCGCUUCGCCGUGGACGCGGACGGACUCAUUUCUACCACGCAGAGACUGGAUCGAGAGGACCCUCUAAACAAAGACAUCUUGCUCACUGUCAUGGCACUGGAUGGAGGAGGCCGGGCGUCAUUCUGCACGGUGCGCGUGGUGCUGGUGGACGAGAACGACAACGCGCCACGCUUCCGGGCGGUGGAGUACCGCAUGAGCAUCAAGGCCAACGUGGGCAAAGGCUCCCUGGUCACGCAGAUCCAGGCCAGCGACCCCGACGCCGGCUCCAAUGGCAGGAUCGUUUACUCGCUCUACAGCGAGGCGCGCUUGUCCCUGGUCGACGUCCUCGAGGUGGAGUCGGACAGCGGCUGGAUGAUGACCAAGAGCUCGGUGUCGCACCUCCAGGGCACGGUGCUGUCCUUCUUCGUCAAGGCCAGCGACUGCGGCUCGCCGGCCAAACACUCGCUGGUGUCGGCCUUCAUCCACGUGGUGCCCCCCGCCGCCUUCAUCCCGUCCUUCAGCCAGCCCCAGUACUCCUUCACCGUCCCCGAGGACACGCCGGCGGGCACGGCGCUGGGCUCCGUCUACAUGGGCCCGGGCCAGAGCGCCGCCUUCUCCCCCGUGGCCGGAGAGACGGCCGACAGCAACCAGGGCGGGACCUUCCUGGUGGAGGCCGACACGGGGCUCAUCCGUCUGGUCAAGGCUCUGGACUACGAGCGGGUCCCCGUCUAUCGCUUCAAGGUGGCUGCCGCCGCCCGCAGGGACCUCAUCGAGGCCAUCAUCAGCGUGGAUGUGGAAGUCAAGGUCCUGGACGUGAACGACAACGAGCCGGCGUUCGAGACGGACAUGUACGUGGCCACCGUGAUGGAAGGCUUGCCGGUCGGCACCAGGGUGGUCCAAGUCCGGGCUUUGGACCCCGACCGGGGCUCCAACGGUCAGGUGACUUACAGCCUAGAAGAGCCGACGUCCGCCGCCACUUCCGUGUUCUCCAUCGACAGCAAGACGGGCUGGAUCACCACCGCCGCCGCCGUGGACCACGAGCUGCGCUCCAGCUACAGCUUCCGCGUCCUGGCGUCCGAUCAGGGCGAGUUGCGCUCGCUGCGGGCCGCCGCCGCCGUCACGGUGGCCGUGUCGGACGUCAAUGACAACCCGCCGCGCUUCCGGCGGGAGCUGUAUCGCGGCGCCGUCAAGGAGAGCGACCCCCCGGGCGAGGUGGUCGCUGUCCUCAAGACCAGGGACGACGACGGGACCGACCAGAACCGCAUGGUCAGCUUCUAUCUCACCGGCGGUAACGCGGGCGGCGUGUUCGGUCUGGCGCUGGUGCAGGGCGAGUGGAAGGUGUACGUGAGCGGGCCGCUGGACCGCGAGCGGCAGGAUCGUUACUUGCUCAACGUCACAGCCAGUGAUGGCCUCUACGUGGCCCGCGCCGCUGUGGAGGUCACCGUCAUCGACGCCAACGACAACAGUCCCGUCUGCAACCAGGCGGUGUACAGCGCCUCAAUCCCCGAGGACGUGGCGGCCAACAAGGGCGUGCUGACGGUGGGCGCGUCCGACAGCGACGCCGGCUCCAGCGCCGAGAUCCAGUACUCGCUCUUCGGCAUCGGCGUGGAAGACUUCUACAUGGAUGCCAACACCGGCGAGCUUCGCACGGUGGCGCCCCUGGACCGCGAGACUCGUCCCUCGUACAAGCUCAUCGCCCAGGCUACGGACGGCGGCGGCCUCUUCUGCCGCUGCGACGUGUCGCUGACGCUGCUGGACGUCAACGACAACGCGCCGUCCUUCGCGUCCUCGCGCUACGUGGCCAGCGUAUACGAGAACGCCGCGCCCAACGCGCUGCUCACGCGGCUGCAGGCCACCGACCCAGACCAAGGCCUCAACCGCACCAUCGUCUACUCCCUGGUGGACUCGGCCAACGGGGUCUUCUCCAUGGACCCCGUGACCGGAGUGGUGGUCCUGGAGAGACCCCUGGACCGGGAAAGUCAAGACACAUACCGGCUCCGCGUUCGGGCCACAGACCAAGCCGGGCUGCAGGGGGCGCUCUUCUCACAGGUGGACCUGACUGUGCUAGUCCUGGACGUGAACGACAAUGCGCCGGUGUUCCAACGGCGGGAUUACACUGUCACCGUGCCUGAGGACGUUGCGGUGGGCACCGAAGUGCUGCGUGUGCUGGCCACCAGCGCUGAUAUUGGGCCCAAUGCCGAGAUUUCCUACAGAAUCCGCUCGGGCAACGAGAUGGCCAAGUUCUCCAUUGACAGGAACCUGGGCUCCCUAUUUGUGGCUGAUGAUCUGGACUUUGAAGUAUGCAAGGACUACUACCUGACGGUGGAGGCCUGGGACGGAGGCAGCCCACCCCUCAGCGCUGCCACCAUGGUGAUCAUCCAGCUGAUGGACAUCAACGACAAUGCCCCUAUUUUCAGCCAGAAUGUCUACAAUGUCCUGGUCAGCGAGGACGCGCCGGUCGGCCAGUCCAUAACUAGGGUGCUGGCAGAAGACCUGGACAGCCAAGUUAACGGACGGAUCACUUACUCCAUCCUGAAAGGCGACAGGAGCAACCAAUUCUGGAUCGACCCGGUGACGGGACUGCUCAAAGUCAACAAGCGUCUGGACCGGGAGCUGGUCUCCCAAUACGCUCUGUCGGUGCAGGCCUUCGACAGCGGCUCGCCCGCCAUGUCGUCGGCCGUCGACGUCAACGUCGACGUCGCCGACGUCAAUGACAAUCCGCCCGUCUUCACUCCGCCCAACGCCACUGCCGUGGUCCAGCUGAACCAAGCGUCUGGCAGCGUCCUGCUCCGUCUGUCUGUCAGCGACAAGGACUCGCCUAGGAAUGGCCCCCCAUUUGAGUUCCGCCUAGUUUCCGGGAAUGAGGGCGGUUUCUUUACACUGGAUCAGACGGGAACACUAAGGUCCGACCGCGAGUUUAGCCCGGAGUCCCCCAGGGAGUUCACCCUCGAGGUCCAGAAUGAUCCUUUUGUGCGGCAGGCGAGCGACUCUGGCCGGUCCCCUCUGGUCUCGUCUUCGUGGGUUUUUCUGCGGGUCAUCGGGAACAGUCAGUACAAGCCGGCCGUCUCGCCCCUGGAAAUCUUUGUGGUGACGGCAACCGACACGUUCCAGGGCGGCUCAAUCGGUCGCAUCCACGCGACAGACCGUGACCCAAACGAUGCGCUGUCUUACACCCACAAGCCCCAGGACAAGAGCAUGUUUAGCAUCAACAGGCAGAACGGAAGCGUGACAGCUGUACCGGGCUUAGAGCCGGGAAGGUCCACAUACUUAUCAUUGCUUCAUUCUUUGAUCUUUUUGAGCAUUUUUGAAUUUGUGUUAAAAAUUUUCUAUGUUCUCAGAUAUCAGAUGAACGCUACUGUCAGCGACGGUCGUUUUGCCGUGAUUGCUGACGUCUCGGUCCGAGUGGAACAGGUUACCGAUAUCCUGUUGCGUAGCGCCGUCACCCUGAGGUUCCGCUCUCUGUCUCCCGAGGACCUACUGGGCCGCUACCUCAGCCAGAUCCGGCUGACGUUGCGGGCGCUCGCUGGCUGGAAAUGGUCAGCAGGACAAGAGGACCCGCUCCACAUCCUCGGUGUGCAGCCGGUGGAGGGGACGUCUGACGUGGACCUCUUCCUGGCGGUUGAGAGGCCAGAGAUGUCAGAUGGUCGUGGGCGGAUCGGGGGCUUCUACACACCCCAGGAGCUGGCCGCCAAGCUACAGGAUGCACAGGGGCAGCUCCGCGGGGUCCUGGCUGGGGCGACUACGGUGGGUGGCGUCUGCUCCGGGAAGCUGGUGUGCGGUGACAAGGUGUGUGAGCAGACGCUAGCCAUGGAGGCGAGCUCGUUACUGAUGUACAGCACAGAGAGGGUCAGCUUGGUGUCACUGCCGUUCAGACGGAUUGAGACCUGCACUUGCCCUCGUGAGUCUUGCCCUGCUCCUGUGGAGCAGUGCGAAGGUCAGUCGUGUCCAGCAGACAUGCAGUGCGUACGCUCCGGCCCGACAGCGCCAUCUGUCUGCCAGUGUCUACCUGAGCGUCUCGACGAGUGUGCUGGUCAAAGUUCGCUGAGAUUUUCUGGUAACGGCUACAUCAAGUACAAAUUGACGGAGAACAGUCAGAGCGGCGAGAUGAAGCUGGGCCUGAGAGUACGCACAAUGCAGACAAGGGGAGUCAUCAUGUUUACCAGAGUCAACCCCUGCACCAUGCUCAAGAUCGAAGGUGGCCGCCUGUGGUUCCAGCUGGACUGUGACAAGACAUUGGGCAUCAUGGGUAUCUCCGGUCGACAGAUCAACGACGGGCUGUGGCACGCUGUAGCCUUGGAGCUGACCAGCAACUACACCCUCCUGUCACUAGAUGACAGCUAUGUGGAGCGACGGCGGGCGGCCAGAGCCCCCGUCCGCUUUUGGCCAGUCGCCCCGGAAUCCUCUUUCUUCUUCGGGGCGCAGGUGAGGCCCCUAACGUCGGGCGGCCUCGGGGCGAGGGCCCAAGACGGCUUCCAAGGCUGCCUGGGACGGCUGACGCUCAACGGCCGAGAGCUGCCGCUGCAGAAUAAACGCAGUCGCUACGCUGAGCUCGCUGGGCUGAGCGAGGUGGAGAUGGGCUGUGUCCUCUAUCCGGACCCCUGCGUCAGUGAUCCCUGCCUCAACGGAGCCGUGUGCACCAGCCUGCCAUCUGGUGGCUUUGGUUGCACUUGCGUCGUUGGUUUCACCGGGGGACGCUGCGAAAGCUCAGUGACGCCCUGCACGCCAAACCCCUGCCAGGCUGGUGGCGAGUGCCAGGCCGUGGGUGGCGGCGGCGGCUUCGUCUGCGGAUGCCCCCCGGGUCUCCGGGGGCUUGUAUGCGACGACGACGUGGACGAGUGCGAGCGGGCCGAGUGCGGCGCCGGCGCCGACUGCGUCAACACGCCGGGAUCCUUCUACUGUAACUGCACACCGGGAUACGAGGGCGGGGCCUGCGAAGGUGGCGGCGAGGCUGGCGACGACACGCAGGCGGAGCGGCUGUCGUACGUCGGUCCCGGCGAGAUCAUCGGCAUUGGCGUCCUGGCCUUCGUCGUCAUCCUACUCCUCAUCCUCUUCGUAAUCUUCCGGAAGAAGAUCCAAUUCCGGAAGGACUCUUCGGGGGGGGCGCCCGCGGGGAGCCUCGCGGCCGUGUCGGCCAUCACGGAGACCAGCUACAUGCUGCGCAAGACGGGCAUGGGCGCCGAGGGGAUUGAGUUUGAGGCCGUGCGCGUGCCGGGCUCGCCGGGGAGGGCGAGCGCCAUCGACGGAGGGGACAGCGGCGGGGCUGAGGUGGGCGGCGGCCUGACAGGACCUCCGCAGGUGGUGGUGAGACCCAACGCGCACUCAACUCUGAUUGGGGGGAGACGCAGCAGGGAUGGAAGUCGGCUGAGCAGCUUCCUGUCCGACAUGCCGAACGCGCGCGGCAACCGUCGGGGCGUGGCCGUGUGCAGCGUGGCACCCACCAACCUGCCUCCGCCGUCGCCCUGCCGCCGCCCCCACCAGCACAGCCCCGCUCACAAGGUGUCCUGGGAGGGCGGGGACGCCGACGCGACGGCGGAAGACAGCCGGCGGGACCAACGCGAGGGCCGCUGGAGCCAGAGAGCCUUUGAGAUGGAAAGGACGGACGGCAGCGACGACGAGCGGUCGCCCGUGCAGAGCGACGCGAUCGGUCUUUCGUCAGACUCCACGUUAGAGGACAUCAGCUCAUAUACGUCGGAGUCCUUCGACGACAACGCCUCCAUCGUGACAGUCAUCCGUCUGGUCAACGACACGGUGGACCAUAUUGAAAGUGAAGUGUCCCACAUGGAUAAGGAGCAGUGGCAGGACAGUCCCGCGUACAACUGGGAGUCCUCCAGACAGACCCCCAGCUGGUUUUCGCCAACCCGUCUGCGUCUGCCCGAGGUGGGGUCCCAUUAUGACCUGAGCAACGCCCAGCAGAACAUGCGUCGGGGAGGCAGCACCCGCUCCCUGCAGCUGGACUACCCGAUCAGGUUCACGAGCACCAACAGAGCCAGAGAGUCGCCACCAGAGUCCAGGCGGAGGGCUUUCCAGUGGGAAAAGAACCAGUCGGGUGAGUGGCAGAGAAAGAGAUGGCUGGAUGCGGAAGGGCGGCAAAGGAGCAGCGAGGAUUCGCCCGUCUACGAGGAAUACCGCGAGCCCCGGCAAGACUCGGUACACAGCGAAGACACCGAGGGCCUCUACGACACGCUUCCCCCUACUCGAGAAGCCUAUGACGGGUACCCAUCCAGCCCACCGGGCCUCAGCUUGCACCCGGCCCAGCUGCUGCCUCCCUUGCGAGCUUGGGCCUCGGGGUCCCGGGAGGACAGUGGCGGACCUCUAGGCUCCGGUGCUAUGACUUCUUCUGGGGAUGAGUUGGAAAGACUGUUGAACCUGGUGUCACUACGCGCCAGGAGGGCGACGAGGACCAACAGAACCUCCACUGGGUCAGAACCUGCAGCGAGCUGGGAGGGAUUCAAAUGACCGCCAAGACUCUUGACAAAAAAAAAAAAAAAAAUACACUACGCCCAGAAAAUAGUGACGCCUCUCUCAUCUCGUUAGCGGAACCUGUUUUUUUUUUUUUUUUUCCGAGGAAAGGACCGCUUAACCACAUGCGGCACGGCGCUUCAGAGAUGUUAUUAAGAUUAACGGCAUCUUUGUUUAAUCAUUUCAUUACUCGUCAAUUGUUUAUUUCAUAAGAAGGUCGUUUGGCGCCCGAGCAGCGCGAGCAUCAAAGCGAAAGAUAAUUAAAAGGGAGACAUUUUUAAUACUGCGCACACGCGCACUGUCUCGGAUUUAUCGCCGUGUUUUAUCACUGUGAAUAAAUUGUGUACACUAA